AUGCGAUUCUGCCCCUACGCGCAGAGGACGCGCCUGGUUCUCCGCGCCAAGGGCAUCAGCCAUGAAGUAGUCAACAUCAACCUGAAGAACAAACCUGACUGGUUCUUUGAGAAGAACCCCUUUGGGCUUGUUCCUGUUCUGGAGACCAGCAAGGGCCAGCUGAUCUGUGAGUCCCCAAUCACGUGUGAAUAUUUGGAUGAAGCGUUUCCGGGGAAGAAGCUGAUGCCUUCAGACCCGUAUGAGCGAGCCCUUCAGAGGAUGCUCUUGGAAAGCUUCUCAAAGAUAACAUCCUUAGUUUUCAAGCAUGUUGUGGCAGUUAAAGAUGGACAGGACACCACAGAACUGAAAGCAGAGAUUACUGAAAAGUUUGGCAAAUUUGAAGAGAUUCUGUCGAAACGCAACACUGUGUUUUAUGGUGGGAACUCAAUCUCCAUGCUUGACUACAUGAUCUGGCCAUGGUUUGAACGUCUGGAACCAUUCCAGGUGAAAGAUGCUUUGAAUCAUGCCCCAAAGCUCCAACGCUGGAUGAAGGCCAUGAAGGAGGACCCAGCUGUCAAGGCUACAAUGACUGACCCACAGAUAUACAAAAACUAUCUCCAGCUCUAUUUGGUGAACAGCCCUGAGGCAUGUGAUUAUGGGCUCUGAGGUGCCAGUGGGCACAUGCUUGCUGAAGUGUCAGUGCUGCUUUUCAGUGUGGGGAGCUGGUGUAAUUUGGUAUGGGCUCUUCUGUGGUUGCAUUUCAUAAUGGGGAAUAAAUCUGUACUGAAAAGGCUGAGAAACUUUCUGUGAACUCCACUCCUUCCUGGAGAAGGAUGUCCUGGCUUCAGGCAGGAGAUGGAAAGUCCUUGCUGGCCAUGUAUAUCACGUAAAGGAAAAGGUUGUCUUUACUCAGAGGUGAUGGUCUGUUAUCUCUGGCCUCUUUGUGGGCAUUGCUGGUGGGCAGUCCUUGAACUGAUGUUGUUACCUGAUUUAAGAAUUGUAAUACUGGUAUCUUGAAAAUGAAUAAAAAGCAAACGAUGUUGUCUUUAA